AUGGCGGCGUACACUUGCAACACAUGUCUGAUGGAGUUUGCCUCCGGGCUGGAGCAGCGGGAGCACAUGCGCGGUGACUGGCACCGGUACAACCUGAAACGGCGGGUCGCGUCGCUGCAGCCCAUCGGUAAGGCGUUAUUCGAGGAGAAAGUGGAGAAGCGGGCACAGGGACAAGACGAGGGGAAGUUGUCGAAGAAGGAGGUCCGUAGGAGGGAGCGGGAGGCGCUGCUGGAGAAGAGGAGGCAGCUGUUGCUGCUCGCGAGACAGAACGUGCUGGAGAAUAUGCAAGGUGCUGGGCAAGAAGAUGCACCGGUGGAUAAUGCUGCUACUGUGGAGACUGGCGCAGCCUCCGUAGAUGCUGCGCCGGAGCCCCAGACGGAGGAGGAACUGAUGCAGCAGAAAAUUCAAAACAGGGUCGAUAUCCCGCUCACCGCGUGUCUCUUCUGUCCGAAGAUGGCACAGUCCCCCACGUUCGAGGAAAACCUCCGUCACAUGUACGAGCACCACGGGUUUUACAUCCCUGAACAGAAGUACCUCGUCGACAAGGAGGGUCUUGUCAAGUACAUCUCCGAGAAGAUCGGACUCGGGAACGUGUGCAUAGUGUGCAACUACCAGGGCAGAUCGCUCGAGGCUGUUAGGGCACACAUGCUCGCUAAGAGACACUGUAAGCUGCCCUACGAGUCAGAGGACGAGAAACUCGAGAUAUCGGAGUUCUACGAUUUCACUGCCAGUUACAACGCGCCCACUGUCACCGCUGCUUCUACUGCUGACGGUAACGCUGAUGGCGACGACGACUGGGAAGAUGUCGAGGGUGACGAAGAAGAAGAAGACGCAGACCUCAACGAGGAGUACCUAUACAACGACGGGACCGCACUGCACUUGCCCACGGGUGUUAAAGUCGGACACAGGUCCCUCCAACGGUACUUCAAGCAAGCACUGAAGCCAGAGGUGAUUCUCACGGAGGGACAGGGCACUCUCGUCGCAGCAGACACGCGGAACCACCUCGCACCAAUCGACUCGAAGCAGAUCCAGACGCAGAAACGGGUCUGGCAGACGGAGAGAAGGGACAAGAAACUCGACGACAAGAGAAGCGCGAAGUUCAUCAACAACCAACCUCACUACAGAGACCAGCUCCUACAGUGA